UUCGUCCACAAAGCUGCUCGGCGGCCCGUCCGUACGUCCGCCAUUCUGUGCGCGUCGGUCGGCACGUAUGUACGCACGUACGUGAUGUGACGGGUGAUGCUAUAUGCACUCCUCUGCUCUUCUCUGGUACUCGCUGCUACACUGUGCUGUCUCGUCUCGAAAUUUGACAUGUUUCCUGCCUUGGCCAAGCAUGGCAGUCUGCCUAACAGUAAUUGGCUGCAUAGCAGCUGAGGGAGGCAGGUGGGUAUCAGACGGGGUGCUGAGUCACUACUCCUUGGCCUUUUCGACCGGAUCGAAGCGGCGGGGGCGGGAGCGGGAGAUUUGCAAGGAAGCUUGGUGUUUUCUUUUUUCUUUCCUCGACCCCUGUGGACUCUGGCCUUCUUACCUUUCCCGCUCACUGCUGCAGCUACUUUGCAUAAUUCAUGUAUCUGGCAGCACAGCCACGCAAAGAUUCAGGACGGCGGGACGAUGUGGAGUUGCGAUGGCAUAAAGUGGCGGUGCCUGGCCGCGCGGCUAAAGGAGACGGGAAGGCAUAGGCACAGGCACAGGCACAGGCACGAACACAGGCACUGCGGUAAAGGGCACGUAGUACUCCGUACUUUACAGGGCAUGGCUGGCCAUCAUGCAGUACCUCUAGGAGGCAUUGUCUGCGGGUACUCGCACGAACCAGGGACUUGGGAAAGACUUUGGACUACCUAGCCAAC